AGAAAAUUCACACUGUCAAAUAAUGUUAAUUUUUAUAAAUUUCGAUUACUGAGGUGAAGGAAGGCUAUUGUUAUUCGAGUAUUGCCGUAAACGCCCUCUCCAUGUAGUCUCUGAUCUCCAAAGUGUUUGUUUGUUGGAGGUGUUCCUCGUUUACAGUGUUGGUUUGGUUCAAGAUCGCCGCUACACAACAAAAUGUCGAUCGCGGAUGGCAGCCUACCUGCCAUGGACGAAACUGAGAAGAAAGUGGUGAAUGAAUUUUGUCAUUUGCUGGAGAAAUCAAAGCAAUUAUUCAACGGACUUCGGGACCUGCCCCAGUAUGGCCACAAACAAUGGCAGUCUUACUUUGGCCGUACAUUUGAUGUGUACACUAAAUUAUGGAAGUUCCAACAGCAGCAUAGACAAAUUCUGGAUACCAAAUAUGGACUGAAACGGUGGCAAAUUGGGGAGGUAGCUUCAAAGAUAGGACAACUGUAUUACCAUUACUAUUUGCGUACCAGUGAGACAAACUACCUGAAUGAAUCGUUCAGUUUUUACUCUGCCAUCCGUAUGCGUGUCUACUACUCCAAGGCCAACAAGGAGGAGAGGUAUGGGCCUGACCUGAUGGUGAAGAAGCUGAGGUACUACGCACGUUUCAUUGUAGUCUGUCUGCUGCUGAAGAAGAUGAAGCUUGUACGAGAUCUAGUUCGGGAGUUGUCCAAACAAAUAGAUGACUAUACAUCAACAUAUGAACCAGAGGACAAAAGUGAAUGGAGGCAGGUCUUGGAUGAGAUCAAGGCCUUUAUAGAGGCUGACAACAUUAUCAGUGUGGUAGAUAUAGACUCUUCCUCCAUCGUCCUGUCACACAGACUCACUCCAAUGAACAACACACCUCUGGAUCCCAAGGGUACACCUGUAUACCUGUCACUCCAGGAGAUACUGAUAGUAGGAAAUUCGUCAGAGCAGGUGAAGUUCAGUGAGCUAACAUUGGACAUGUUCCGGAUGCUGCAGACUCUGGAGCGAGAGCCGCAGGAGGAUUUGUCCAAUCAAAUCUUUGAUGCUUCCCCGGCACCAGGCAAACCGCCAUUUGUACGUCCACACGCCUAUGAAAAUGGAGACCGGAACAAUCGGAGAGAGAAUCCCCACAAGUACCUACUGUACAAACCCACCUUUAGCCAGCUCAACACAUUUCUUGCCUCAGGAUUCAAGGAGCUCCCACCAAAUGGUGCCAUGCUGUUGUACAUAUCAGCUGAUGGCUGUCUAGGCAAUGCUAAACGUAAUGAUGAUGCUGCCUACGAUUUGGGAGGAGUGGUGACCAACAGUAGGAAGGAUGGUGACAUCAUGAACAGGAACAAGAGAUCAGGGACACUGAAGGAGAUGCAUUGUCUACACCCAGGAGAUGUGUACCCCUACUGUCGUAAACCCAUGUUCCUCAUCAUAGAUAGUGACAACAGUUCGGCAUUCCAGAAUUUCCCCAAUUUGUUUGGGCAACCUGUGGUAUGUCUGCUGUCUCAGGAACAGGUACCAACUACCAUGCAGGACCAUCAGAAGGGCAACCUGUUUACACUGUUUCUGCACUCACCACUGAUGGCCUUCUGUUACGUGUGUAAUAUAAAUGACAUUCCCAUCACCAAGUGGGAAAAAUGUCAAGGUCAAAUUGACAAAUUUAUGUCUGAGGCAUCAAAACUCUUUCUAAGAUCCAGGUCACUUGAUCACUCCUACCUACAGUUUAUAGGAGACGACUUCCUGCGGUUGUUAAUGUUCCGGUUUGUGUUCUGUUAUAUAGUCCUCAUACUCCACCGAGGGUUCAAGGGUCCAAGCUACUUCCCGAUGUCUCACCCACCCCUGCCUACGGAGGAGAUCCUAGAACAUCCUAAUCUCUACAAGGUUGUUCUUGACCUAUCCACCCUCCUCAACUCACGCAUGCAGUUUGCAGAGCCAGGCGAGGGAGAUAUACAUGCGACGUAGAUGAAGCAGCUCCUAGGGGAACCAAUUUUAUUAUUUUCAAUUAAUUAUACAAAUUUCAAUGCUCACCUGAUUACUAUCUCACUGUGUAAAUAUCUUAAUAUAACGGGGCUCUGAGGAUACCCAAGACAUUCCUAGCCAUGAAAUGGUUAUCCAGUCAUUCCCGAGUGUUCCAGGUCUCCCAUCAGCCUAGCAUACCAGACUGUAUCAACCAGCUCUGAUUCGACUUUACCAGUCUAUCAUUGUUGGAUUGGCUAGUGCACAGCUGGGUUAUUUUAUUGAAUCAACAUGGAGGUGUUGGGUGAAUCAACCAUCCUGAUAGGACUGUAGGCUGCCUAUGGAGUGUAUUAUUACAGACCUUGUGUUCCUCAGUCCAGGACCAGAGGGCUGUAUUGUGUGUGGAUUGACUGUGUUAACUUUCCACACACAAAGUGAUGAUGUCAUCAUUCUUACACCAACAUCAUGAAAUGACAUCAUCAGAAAUUGUAUAUACUACUUUCCUUCUCCAUUAUUUAUUUUAUGAAAAUACAUUUAUUAAUAUGUAUCUUCUUUCCACAAAUUUGCCAUUAACUUCCAUGUUCAUUAAAUAGCCCAUUUAAUAAUUAAGAUGUUUAAACUUGAUUGACAUUUUAAUUCUGCUAUUUCAAUACUUGAUGCUAUAUUGAUAUUUUGGGUUGAUAUAUAGACAGUAUGCAUGGGUGUGUGCUGUUUACUGUAAUCAAACUACAACUGCAACUCAGCACCACUCCACUACCAUUCCAACAACAACCACUCCAACUGGUGGCCACUCUCCCAACAACCACUCCAACUGGUGGCCACUCUCCCAACAGCCACUCCAACUGGUGGCCACUCUCCCAACAACCACUCCAACUGGUGGCCACUCUCCCAACAACCACUCCAACUGGUGACCACUCUCCCAACAACCACUCCAAUAGGUGACCACUCUCCCAACAACCACUCCAAUAGGUGACCACUCUCCCAACAACCACUCCAACUGGUGGCCACUCUCCCAACAACCACUCCAAUUGGUGACCAAUCCCCCAAUAACCACUCCAACUGUUACCAUUCCAGCAAAAAACACUCCAAUUGUUACCAUUCCAACAACCAUUCCAACUGGGUAUAAAUCAACCAACCACUACUUCUAAAACCAAAUCAACUAGAUGCAACUCCACCUACCACUCAACCAAAUACCACUCCACCCCAUACUACGACCAACUACCACUCCCCUAAAUACUUCUCCAACUACUACUCAACCAAAUACCACUCCACCCCAUACUACGACCAUCUACCACUCCCCUAAAUACUUCUCCACCUACCACUCAACCAAAUACCACUCCACCCCAUACUACGACCAACUACCACUCCCCUAAAUACUUCUCCACCUACCACUCAACCAAAUACCACUCCACCCCAUACUACGACCAACUACCACUCCCCUAAAUACUUCUCCAGCUACUACUCAACCAAAUACCACUCCACCCCAUACUACGACCAUCUACCACUCCCCUAAAUACUUCUCCACCUACCACUCAACCAAAUACCACUCCACCCCAUACUACGACCAACUACCACUCCCCUAAAUACUUCUCCAGCUACUACUCCACCAAAUGCCACUCCACUACCACUUUACCAAUUGCCACUCCACCAAUUCUCCAAAUACCACUCCACCAAAUACUUCUCCAAACUACCACUCCACCAGAUACCACUUCACCAGAUACCACUCCUCCUUCCACUCCACCAAACACCAUUCCACCAAAUACCACGCCACCAAAAACCAAGUUGGAUUCACUAUAGAUAUCACUUCAGCAAUCCUAACAUCGCACCACUCCACUUGCAACCAUAUAUAAAUACAGAUAUAACAGUGAACGGGAGAGUGAGUGAUUCCUAUAUAUAGAUACUGUUGUAGAUGUGAGACAGUAGGACAGCCUGUUGAUAUUGAUUCUAUGUGAUAUUCCUUGCCGUGUUUGCUGUGCGUGUUGAGCGUUUUUUGUGUGACACUCCAGUUUUGAUCACAUGUUCUUGACAACCUACCCUAGUAUGUUAUGUCACAACUGAAGCCAGGAGAUCUGGUACCUGCAGCCUACUCCUGUACACAUAUAGCUGAUUAUUACCAGUUCUCUUAUUUGUUUUGGGGGAAAAGCAUGGCCUCAUUGUUAUAGUUGACCAAUGAUACGCUUUUAAUGUUGAUGUUUGUCUCAAGACCAUUUGGUACACAUUUACGUACAUGUCAACUGCAGCUAGUUAUUUAUAUUUCAUCACAGCUAGUUAUAUUAUACAGCCGUCGUAUUUCAUCACAGCUAGUUAUACAGCAAUCAUAUUUCAUCACAGCUAGUUAUACAGCCAUCAUAUUUUAUCACAGCUAAUUAUACAGCUAUUGAAUUUUAUCACUGCUAAUUAUACAGCUAUUGUAUCUUAUCACAACUAAUUUCAUUGCUUAUUUUGGCAAUUUUCAUGUAUGUCCUUUAUUCUAAUAUAUAGUUCUGGAGUAAUGCUGCAUCUUCUCUCGAUCAAUUCUUAUGAAAACUGAUUUGGAAUUAAUGAGACUCAAAAUUCUGAAAUAGGUUUUCAGUUUUCCAUUACUGUUUUCCCUUACUGACCUCUGAACAUCAUUAUCAGCAUUCCCUGUCUCUGGUUGUACCCUAUUAUCAGACAAUAACUGAAGUUUUUCUAUUUUAUCUAGGACUGUAAGUGUGAGUGUUAGCACACUGAUCAUUACCAAUGAUGAUACUUUAUGAAACAGGGAGAAAUCAUGUCACAAACUUUGUACACAUGUACAACUGAAUAUAUGAUUUAGAUUUUUUUAAAGAUAGUCAUUUUAGUAUUAAUUAUGUAUAUUUCAUGUGGCAUUGUUAUUUUUUAAGACUUGUUGGAAGACUUAAGAUGUCCUGUAUUUGCAUUGUGUCUCUGACCACAGAGACCUGUGACAUGAUCUAGCCGUCUCCAGUAGUGUAUGUACUGUCAAUAGUCCGAUGGGAGAAUUGUGUAGUAUGAGGAGGUGUAGGAUCGGAACAUUCCCAGACAACAAAGGGAAACAAACACCUAUAAUAAUGGCUAGGAUCCUGUUACUGUUUUCUGUGUCACAAAAUCGUAUGUUUCUUUGUGUUAAGCAGUCUCAUGGAUAUUUGGAUUGUAUCUGCUUUAAUAUAAACCUCUUCUGAACCUGUGUAACAUGACCAAUCUGUUCUGAACCUGUGUAACGUGAAACUCUGUCUGUUCUGAACCUGUGUAACAUGACCAAUCUGUUCUGAACCUGUGUAACAUGACCAAUCUGUUCUGAACCUGUGUAACAUGACCAAUCUGUUCUGAACCUGUGUAACAUGAAACUCUGUCUGUUCUGAACCUGUGUAACGUGAAACUCUGUCUGUUCUGAACCUGUGUAACAUGACCAAUCUGUUCUGAACCUGUGUAACAUGACCAAUCUGUUCUGAACCUGUGUAACAUGACCAAUCUGUUCUGAACCUGUGUAACAUGACCAAUCUGUUCUGAACCUGUGUAACGUGAAACUCUGUCUGUUCUGAACCUGUGUAACAAACCCUAUCUGCUCUGAACCUGUGUGAAAUGAAAUCCUGUCCAUUAUGAACCUGUGUUAAUACUUGUCUAUUCUGAAGUUUGAACCUGUGUAAUGAAACCUGUCUGUUCUGAACUAAUGUAAGAUGAAAUCCUCUCUGUUAUGAACCUGUGUAAAAUGAAAUCCUGUCUGUUCUGAACAUGUUAAAAUGAAAUCCUGUCUUUUCUGAACCUGUGUAAAAUGAAAUCCUGUCUGGUGAUGAAAUCCUGUCUGGUGACACAGUAUAUUGAAACAAACACUAUAUAUCAUAUGUUGUACAUUAUAGACCAUUGUUUUGUUUGUUUGUUUACUCAGGUUCCGAAGUUAUUUAUCGAUCAGUGUUAGCUUAUAGUAUAGAUCUAAAAACAAACUCCAGUAUGCUUGCCACAUUAAAGAGAUUUCUUAACAAAUAAAUACAUGUACACUUUUCAGACAGGUUAUAGCUACUUACAGCACACCUGUGGAAAUAAAUACUUCCUACAUUGAUUUGACAAUCUUCUUCUGUGAUUGAUAUUAUCAUCUGGGCUGCUUAUGUGGCUAAUAGAGAGUACAUCCAGCAUAUUGUUUUAGAUUGAAAAUUUUGUAAUUUCUUCAAAUGUUUUCAACCUCAGUAUAAUUUAUCUUGGUAAGCUAUGUUAACAUUAAGGUGUACCUGUGGGGAUGUAGGAUGUGACCAAAUAUGCUGUAUAUAGAUUCAACAGUCUUCUUGAAAGUAAACUACAGAGUAUUUAGCAAAAAUUACAAGGUUUACAUGGGUUUUCUCUUGGUACUCCGGUUUCCUCCCACAGUAAGACCCCUCAUGCGCUUGGGGCCAACAAGAGUGAUUAAUAUAAGUUAAUAUAACUUGUUUUACAAUUGUUGUAAAAUAUGUAAAGUUUACAUGUUCAAAAAAUAAUGUAAAAUGUGAAAUAUCUGGGGUUACUUUCUAUUAUGGAUUCAAGCUAUUUUGGGGUAGCAAACUUUUGUGAGUACCAACUAUAAGCAAGAAAUGGUCUAGGAUUUCAACUGAAUUUCGCUUUAUUUUUGUUGAGUUUCUGAUCAACCAUGAAAACAUUAUACAGUUGGUACACAGGCAUAUAAAAACCAAAUUACCUUAUGUACCCAACAAAUAGAGUAAUCCUUGUAAGAAGCCUAACGAUAUCCAUUGCAGUUUGGUGAAAAUACUAGAAAAAUGUUAUUUCGUUGUCCUGUAAUAAGCACAUAGAGUAAUCCUUGUAAGAAGCCUAACGAUAUCCAUUGCAGUUUGGUGAAAAUACUAGAAAAAUGUUAUUUCGUUGUCCUGUAAUAAGCACAUUCCCUACAAGAUAGCUAUAGAACUGUUGAUGUUCAGGAAGACAAGAAAAUAUACUGUAGAUAUUUAAAAUAUAUCAAAAUAUGGACAAGUACAUGCAUAUAGUUGGUUGUACUUUAACCUGUCAUAGAAAUAGGCGAUAUUUUAGUGUUUAUGUUAUGUCGGAAGUAUAGGCCUAAGGACAUGUGUGUUAGGACUACACACCUGCCCAUCCUUCUGUUAAGUCAUCCUUCAGUAGCUAGUGUUUUGUUUGUAGACGUUCCAUCCAUUGUUGAUACAGUUUACAUAUAAUACUGUAUACUUAUUGAUGUGCAUGUGUGAUUUUAUUUUGAAAUGUCUUUUACACCAGUACAAAGUCACUUUCAUUUAGUAAUAGAUAAUAUUAUUGAAUUGUCUCCCCUGCUUAAGUUGCCUCUGAUUAUCAGGAGUGGUAUUUUCUAUCAAAUCCUUCAAUCAUGUAUCCUGAAUUUUUGUAAUGCAUGUCAUUAAAUACUAUUUUGAUUAUCUCCCUUUGAAUUAUGUAAUGAUAAUAAAUUCCACAUUCCACACAUAUUUUGUGAAAUGUUUAAACUUUAUUAUAGUGAACCAAGUAUUUGCCCUAGCUAAAAUAGUAAAAAAAAAAAAAAAAAAUAAUGGUAUAACUUAUGCAGGUCUUAUGCUGGUUUAAAAUAAUUUUGUUUUAACUCCGAAGAAAUUUGUAAUAUUUUAUCAGGUGGCUUCUCAAAUUUUUUUUAUGUAUUUUUUUUUUAAAUAUUAAAAUGAACGUUAAUGGUGCACAUUAGUUUAGCAUGAAUUACAAACUUACAGCUGACAAUUUAUUUUGUGAGUAUCUCAUGGUGUUAGCCUGUAUGUACAUGCAUUGGUUUAAGGUGUUAUCCCUGUUUAUACAGAGUUCCUGUCGGAGUGUUCUCCCUUCCUCUUCCUGUCCCGUCCAUUCAGUUAUUUCCAUCUAUUGAGUUUAUCAUUAUACUUGACCCUGUUAAUUAUGAUACACAUUUUUAUAUAGAUUUUUUUUCUACGUAUGUUGCUGUAUUUGUGAUAUGUAAAUUGGCACAGUUUGAGAAGCUUCCUUUAUACUCUGGUGAAGUAUUGUAAAUAUUCUGUUUACUUGUUUGUUUUACAUAGUGUCACAUGCAAAUUUUUGAGGUUUUUGUUAUGAUUGAGAGGGUGUGGUUUACAUAUAUGAAUGUAUUUUUUUUUUUUUUUUUUGUGCAGAUAUUGGUUAAAUUGUCAGAUAGAGCUACGCAUAUUGUGAAUAUUUUGUAGUAAUUGUUUGACUUUUAGAUCAGUUUUAACUUCCAACUUCUGGGUUGGAACUAUAAGAUGUACUAUCAAUGCGCUUUUAAAGGGACAUUUUGUGGUUACAGUCCUGUGUUUACUUUCUGUUGAUGUAAAAGAUGUUUGUAAACGUCUUAAACUUUUACCCAGUAAAGCAGUUAUACCUCUGU